CAAACAUCCACAAAGAUCUGCUGCCUCAUUCUGGCAAAGUUUACUGGAUACGGGGGUUGGAAGAUCAUGGACUCCUGCCUUAAAAUUAUGAUAUUUUCACUUUUUUCCAUCUGCAACUGGGCAUAUAAAAUGGAUUCUCUGCCCACCAUUGAAAAUGAAGCUUUCAUCAAAGAAUGUGUUGACAUUCAUAACAAGUUUCGAUCACAAGUGACUCCCAAAGCCAGUAACAUGAUGCGUGUGAGCUGGGAUGCAGAUUUGGCCAAAGUUGCUAAAGAAUGGGCGCAGAAGUGUAAGUUUGGACAUAACCCUGAUCUGAAUAAACCCAAAAAGUUGCACCCUACCUUCUCUGCAGUGGGAGAGAAUCUCUGGAUUGGCUCAAUUGGAGCAUUUUCUGAAAAUUCUGCCAUCAGAACGUGGAAUAAUGAGGUAAAAAACUAUGACUUCCACAGUAAGAAAUGUACUCGGGUGUGUGGUCAUUAUACUCAGGUGGUCUGGGCAGCUACUUACAAGAUUGGCUGUGCAGUUCAAUUUUGCCCCAAAAUUGAGCAGUCUUUCAUUACCAAUGGAGCAGUUUUUGUGUGUGAUUAUGGACCAGCAGGAAAUUAUUAUCAUAUGCGGCCCUACAAGGAAGGAGAACCCUGCAGUGCCUGUAAAGAAGAUACCUGUGUGGAUCAGCUGUGUGCAAAUCCAAAGCGGGAUGGAGAGGCUGCAAGUCCCAAGCCACAUACUGAGUCAGCCACACGCAGUCACAAAUUUUUUCUUCUUCUGAUCUUGGUGCCAAUUUUUGCUAUACUGGCUAUUAUAUUGGCCAUUGUGACAAAGCGUUAUUGCGCAAAGUAAAUCAUUUCUGAAUAAAUUAAAUCAAAGGGGA